AUGCAGUCAAGAAGAAAGCGGCUUGUGUCCAUGUGCCACAAAAACCAGGAAUAUGAGAUUGAUUCUUUUUCAAGUAGUCCCGUUCCUUCAAUACCAGAAGAAUUUAGAGUUUUUGACAGCCUGAAUACUGACGAUGAAUAUCUGCCUUCUGAUACAGAUUCUAACAACAGCGAUGCUCCCUUAUCUUUGCUGAAGCAAUCGGCGUUAACACAAAUAAAAGAGAAGGUACCUUCACCAGUGCAAGAAGAAAACCCUGGAACUUAUAAAAUCAGGAAACAAAGAAAAUCCGUUAAAGGAAAGACCAGAUCUAAAAAACUAGAAAGAAAGCUGAAACGAAACCAUGGCGAAGAAUACAUCACAGAGUCUGGAAAAUUGAAAAAGGCAAGAAUGUGUCAACCAUUAGACAGCUGUCGAAUGAAAUGUAGAGAGAAGUUUAGGGAUGAAGAAAGAUAA